GACGCACAACUCCUCCAGAUCUCCACAGCUCCACAUCGUCCUCGUCAUCGUCCUCGUCCUCGCCGGUCACCAUGCAGGUGUCCAUCGCCUGCACCGAGCACAAUCUGAAGGGCCGGAAUGGAGAACACGGCAAGCAGAGUGCCACCAGCCCCAACGUGGUGAACGCAGCGCGCGCCAAAUUCCGCACGGUGGCCAUCAUCGCGCGCAGCUUCGGCUCCUUCACCCCGCGCCACCACAUCUCUCUCAAAGAGUCCACGGGAAAGCACACGGGAAUGAAGUACCGGAACCUUGGGAAGUCUGGAUUGCGAGUAUCCUGUCUGGGUCUUGGCACCUGGGUGACCUUCGGAGGUCAGAUUUCCGAUGAGGUAGCAGAGAAACUGAUGACCAUAGCCUACGAGAGCGGUGUGAACCUGUUUGACACGGCCGAGGUUUACGCUGCAGGAAAAGCCGAAGUCAUCCUGGGAAACAUUAUCAAGAAAAAGUGCUGGAGGAGAUCCAGUCUAGUGAUCACGACUAAGCUCUACUGGGGAGGAAAAGCCGAGACUGAGAGAGGCCUUUCCAGAAAGCAUAUAAUAGAAGGUCUCAAAGGCUCCCUACAGAGGAUGCAGCUGGAAUACGUGGACGUAGUCUUCGCCAACCGUCCUGACAGCAACACUCCGAUGGAGGAGAUCGUGAGGGCGAUGACGCACGUGAUCAACCAGGGGAUGGCUAUGUACUGGGGGACGUCGCGAUGGACAGCCAUGGAGAUUAUGGAAGCGUACUCUGUGGCGAGGCAGUUUAACCUGAUCCCCCCGGUGUGUGAACAGGCCGAGUAUCACCUCUUUCAGAGGGAGAAAGUGGAGGUGCAGCUGCCUGAGCUCUACCACAAGAUAGGUGUAGGAGCCAUGACGUGGUCCCCUCUUGCCUGUGGAAUCAUCAGCGGAAAGUAUGAAAAUGGCAUCCCAGAAUCCUCUAGGGCAUCGAUGAAGUCGUACCAGUGGCUGAAGGAGAAGAUCAUGAGUGAGGAUGGGAGGAAGCAGCAGGCUAAGCUGAAGGAGUUGGCUCAUAUAGCUGAGAAGCUCGGCUGCACUCUGCCACAGCUGGCUGUGGCCUGGUGCCUGAGGAACGAAGGAGUGAGUUCGGUUCUCCUAGGAACCUCCAACCCAGAACAGCUAACAGAAAACCUGGGAGCCAUUCAGGUUCUACCCAAGAUGACGUCCCAUGUAGUGACUGAAAUCGACCACAUACUUGGAAACAGGCCGUACAGUAAGAAGGACUAUCGCUCGUAGGGGUUUUGGGUGACAUCAUCCCGGUGGGUGUGUUUCCUGAUCUGAACACCUCUCUCCUCCUGCUCCUCCUCCUCCUCCACCUCCUCUUCCUGGGUUUGCUCUCU